CUUGAGCCAAACAUUAAGAGCAAAAAUGAGCCUUUUCCCUAAAUUUAUUGACAGAAAGAACACGAAGCGCGCGAAUAUCGUCGCACCGUCUUCUGCAAGUCCGGAGUAUGUAUAUAAAACACUGACGUCGAAGCUCAAAUCAGUCGCUCAAAGCCACUUAUUAAUAUGGGCAAGCAAAAGCAACAAGUUAUUUCCCGCUUCUUUGCUCCGAAACCUAAAACCACCAGUCCAUCAACUCCACCAUCACCAUCAGCAUCGCCACCACCAACAACACCGACCCCUUCAUCACCCAAAAUUACAGCUACCGUCUCCUUCUCUCCCGCCAAACGGAAACUUCUCUCUACCCACCUUACCUCCACCCCAAAAAAACCCAAACUUUCUGACAAUGACAUUCCUACCCCGUCCUCUUCUCUCCACCAAAAGUUUCUCAACAAAUUUCUAGAACCUUCAUCCCCUGAAAUCCCACAACCACCCUCUUCAUAUCCCAGAAAGUACACCCCGUUAGAAAAGCAAGUGCUGGACCUGAAAACUAAGUACCCCGAUGUUCUUCUGAUGAUAGAAGUUGGUUACAAGUACAGGUUUUUCGGGGAGGACGCCGAAAUUGCGGGUAGAGUGUUAGGAAUUUAUGCUCAUAAAGAUCACAAUUUCAUGACAGCUAGUAUACCAACUUUUCGAUUAAAUGUCCAUGUGAGAAGACUGGUUAGUGCUGGGUAUAAAGUUGGGGUUGUUAAGCAGACUGAGACUGCUGCAAUUAAAGCACACGGGGAUAAUAAAGCGGGCCCUUUUUGUAGAGGGUUAUCGGCAUUGUAUACAAAGGCCACAUUGGAGGCUGCAGAGGAUGUUGGUGGUAGAGAAGAGGGGUGUUGUGGUGAGAGCAAUUAUUUGUGUUGUGUUGUUGAUAAGAGCAUUGAGAAUGGUGUUGACAGUGGGUUUGAUACGAGGAUUGGGUUUGUAGCUGUUGAGAUUUCAACUGGUGAUGUUGUUUAUGGUGAGUUUAAUGAUGGGUUUUUGAGAAGUGGACUUGAGGCUGUUGUUUUGAGUUUGAUGCCAGCUGAGUUGCUCCUUGGGGACCCACUUUCCAAACAAACAGAGAAGUUACUGCUGGCAUAUGCUGGACCUUCCUCAAAUGUCCGGGUGGAGCGUGCCUCAGGACAUCAUUUCAAUGAUGGUGGUGCACUUGCUGAAGUGAUUUUAUUAUAUGAGAAUAUGGGUGAACAUAAGGCAGAAGAUGAUGAAAACCAAAUGAUGGAGAGGACACAUCAGGACAUUAGUUACUUAGCUAUUGAGGGUAUCCUGAACAUGCCAGAUUUAGCUGUUCAAGCGUUGGCUUUAACCAUUUCUCAUCUAAAACAAUUUGGAUUUGAACAAAUUUUGCGUCUCGGAGCUUCAUUUCGGCCAUUAACAAGCAAUGUGGAGAUGAACCUUUCAGCGAACACGCUUCAACAAUUAGAGGUUUUGAGGAAUAACUCGAAUGGAUCUGACUCUGGCUCCUUGUUCAAUAUCAUGAAUCAUACUCUUACCAUUUCUGGCUCCAGGCUACUAAGACACUGGGUGACUCACCCUUUAUGUGAUAGAAACAUGAUAUCUGCUCGUCUUGAUGCUGUUUCUGAGAUUGCAGAAUCCAUGGGAUCAUAUAAAGCUUUGCAAAACACUGGUGACUUUGAUGAAGAGGAUUCUGAUGUUGCAAUUAUACAGCCAGACUUCUAUCAUUUGCUAUCUACUGUUUUGGAAAUGCUGGGACGAUCACCUGAUAUUCAACGUGGAAUAACAAGAAUUUUCCAUCGGACUGCCACUGCGUCUGAGUUCAUUGCAGUUAUUCAAGCUAUACUAAUUGCUGGAAAACAACUCCGGCGACUUCAAAUUGAAGAAGAGCAGAACAAUAAGAGAGUCCAAGCAAAGACUGUGCGUUCAGUUCUUUUAAAAAAGUUGAUUUUGACUGUGUCAUCGUCUAGUGUAGUUGGUCAUGCUGCAAAACUUUUGUCUACCCUCAAUAAAGAAGCAGCUGAACAUGGGGAUUUAACUAACUUAAUUGUCAUUUCAAAUGGUCAAUUUCCAGAGGUAGCAAGCUCCAACAAAGCAGUUCAUUUAGCAAAGGAAAAAUUGGAUUCUUUAAUUAAUUUGUACCGGAAGCAGCUUAAGAUGCGCAGUUUGGAAUUCAUGAGUGUGUCUGGAACCACUCAUUUGAUAGAGUUGCCUGCAGAUGUCAAAGUACCAUUGAACUGGGUGAAGAUUAACAGUACUAAGAAGAUGAUCCGCUAUCACCCACCUGAAGUAUUGACUGCCUUAGACCAGUUAGCAUUGGCUAAUGAGGAGCUCAUGGUUGUCUGUCGAGCUGCAUGGGAUAGCUUUCUAAGGAGUUUUGCCAAACAUUAUGCUGAAUUUCAAGCUGUUAUUCAAGCACUGGCUGCUUUGGAUUGUUUGCAUUCACUUGCCAUUCUUUCAAAAAAUAAGAAUUAUGUUCGUCCAGUGUUUGUGGAUGACAAUGAACCUGUUCAGAUACAUAUCUCCUCUGGUCGUCAUCCAGUUCUAGAGACCAUUCUACUAGACAAUUUUGUCCCAAAUGAUACAUGCUUGCAUGUAGAUGGAGAGCAUUGCCAGGUUGUUACUGGACCCAACAUGGGGGGCAAGAGUUGCUAUAUUCGUCAAGUUGCUCUGAUUGUUAUGAUGGCUCAGGUUGGUUCCUUUGUACCAGCAUCAUCAGCAAAACUGCAUGUAUUAGAUGGUAUCUACACUCGAAUGGGAGCCUCUGACAGUAUUCAGCAAGGGAGAAGUACAUUCUUAGAAGAGCUUAGUGAAACUUCUCAUAUACUCCGCAAAUGCACAGGAUAUUCCCUGGUUAUCAUCGACGAGCUAGGCAGGGGCACAAGCACACAUGAUGGUGAAGCUAUUGCUUAUGCUACAUUAUGCCAUCUUCUAGAGCAGAAAAGAUGCAUGGUUCUUUUUGUAACGCACUACCCCAAAAUUGCUAAUAUCAGAACUGGAUUCCUGAACUCUGUGGGAGCAUACCAUGUCUCAUAUUUGAUGGCAGAGAAAAAUAAUGACGCAACAGACUCAAAAUUUGAUAAUGAAGAUGUCACUUACCUUUAUAAGCUGGUGCCAGGUGUAUCAGAGAGGAGUUUCGGAUUUAAGGUUGCGCAGCUAGCACAGUUACCUACAUCAUGUAUAGAACGGGCCACUGUCAUGGCUGCAAGGUUGGAAGAGGCAAUAAGCUGCCGAAUACGAAACAGAUUGGAUAAAAGUCAGUUGCUAAAAGCACUGCAAAUUGACCAACUGCAAGAAAUACAGGAGAAAAUUCCAGAAUCUCCUGGUAACUUCCAUGAUAAGAGGAUUGAGAAUUAUGAGGAACUAAAUAAUACUUAUGAGAAAUUCUUUUUGAACUUUAAGUCUGCAUUACUUGGAGACGAUGCUAAAAGCUUCCAGUACUUGGAGAAUGCUAGAAGCAUAGCAAGGGCAUUAAUAAAAAGUUACAGGAUUCUCAAUGUCACCUUCUCAGAGCUGGAGACCUGGAUCACGUUCAACGUAAGUUGGGGGAAAUAAGCCCAUUGGUGCAAAGCAGAGUUAUCUGAGUUUGGUAAGACUGGCCAUCACAGGAAUGAAAGUGCCGAGCGAGAUGGACAAAGGGCUCUGCGCAGAUGAUUGGGUUGGUAAUGGAAGGGCAUAUGCUGAAGGUCUUGAUAGCUGGGCCGUCGGCAGCUGUCAGAUAUUCAGCAUUGUCCACUGGCAUGCUGCAACUCUCACUGAUUCAAAUAUCUUCUUAAUUGCAUACCUGAAAAUGGGGGUGAGAGUUGCCUAAUAGUGAUGCAACAAUGGCUGUGGCACACAUGAACUGGUUCAAAAUUAAUGAGCAAUUAUUUUGCCGUAAAAUUAGCUAGAUGCAGACAUCUUGGUUGCUACUGCAUUUCUCAUCUAUCUGUAGCUGCAGAUGAGAAUUGUUUAAUGCAGCUGUUUCUCGAUUUGGCAAGAGCAAUGGAGUUAAAAUGCUAAGGGACCAUACUACUGGAUUUAUUAA